AUGCCUCCGAUUGAUCAAGAGUCUAACAUACUAUGUGCGGAGCUAAUCGUGCUCAACUAUCUUCUCAACGAAUUUCCAGAGACUCCAAGUCAAAACCGGACAAGUCAAUACACUCCAUCCAACAAUCAAUACAGAUUGUCAUUCUCGAUAGAGCGCGACUUGGUGGAAACACUGUCCUUCCUUUCCAAGAAUCAGGACGGCUCAGACUAUAUUCCCGCGGUCUGCGUAGAACAAGAUAAAGCCGGUGAUCAUUUAAAGGUCCUUCUCGCAAUAAACAAAUGUUCAUGGAAUGAUGGUGAUGAUAUACUUCGAUCCUUGAAAGAACGAUUUGAAGAUAUCUUCCACUUUCUUCGUGACACGGAAUACGGGCGGCGUGGCGGAUCUCAAGAAAUCAAAGCGAAGAUUUUCGAAUUAAUUAUUUCCAUGUGCUUACCCAGGAUUCUUUGUCGGUUACGCCUAGCUCCAAGCAAACGAAAAGGAAUGAGGCCGUCAAUAAAGGAACUAUUGCGGAUAGCAAUAGAUGGUGUUGGGUGUAUAAGCCCCCAAAAAAUCCAAAGGUCAAACUUGGCGGUCACCUUGUCUGAGUUUAAAUCACUUUCAAAGGAAGUCAUAUGGUUGAUCAAUAACUGGCUCAAACACCGUGUCCAAUCUCGCCUCGCCUCCAUUUUGGGAUCGAUUCGCCGUUUGAACAAGCUUCCGAACCUACCUGAUCUGUUGCAACUUAUUCCGACUGGUGCAUCUGGCGUGGUUCAGGAUUCAAAAUUUGCGAGCUGUCUUCUCAAUAUUAUCAGUAAAGUUUCCAGAUAUCGUAAGGCAGCGGGUGUAUUAUACAAGAUCGCCAAAAACCACCCAGUGGUGCAAAAUAUGAAGCUUCUGCUAGCCACUCUCCCCCAAGAGGCAUACAACAGGGUAGACAACCCCAGCUACUUUCCAAAUUUUCAGGAGAUCGGACCACUCCUCGGCCUCAUCAAUGGCCAUCUUUACGAUUCGUCUCGGAUAUCACAAUAUAUGAAGCUCUCGAAGAAUCAAAAAGAUCCCAGUGAGACUUUUUCACGAGAAAUUCAGAAGACUUUGAAAGAGUCGAAAAUUCACUCAGAGAUACAGCUUAUUGCCUAUUGCGAGAUCGAGUCAACGCCUGAAUUGUUUCCACGGGCCAUUGCAUCCAGCAAAGACGCGUGUUUUCUAUGCAAUGCUUUCAUAAAGACGCAUGGAAAGUUACACACAUCAAGAACCCAUGGAAAAUUAUACCGAAGCUGGAGAUUACCCAACCUUUUGCAGAUGAAGGAUCUACAAAAAGAAUUCAACCGAUUACUCUUGAACCAAGCUCGACAAAUUAUCGGUGCGAGGGCUGUAGGUCUUGGGCAUAUCUACCCUCAGCCCCAAUACGAAAGUACUCUUCCUCCACUUUCAGUUUCCUCAACCACAAUAAAGGAUUCAACUUCGCAUGUUUCUUCACAGAAACCAGAGCCCACGGCCACUGAAAACCCGAUCACAAGAACACGUCCCUUGCCGUUGUCAACGGACUCUUCGCAUUUGAGCCAUGGGAUAGUCCCAGGAAAAGUCUCUCCGUAUAUCCCAAGUACCAGCAAUUCAGUAGUUUUCACGUUCGGCCUACUUGAAAUCCAUAUCCAUACGGAAACAACAUCAAACCCGGCAUCAGCACCAGCUUCGCUCACUUAUAGCAUCGAAAGAAUAACCCUAGAUGGAAGGGACAGGCUACCAGAUGGAUCACUCGUAAUUGAUCCAUUAGGUCUAACAAAGGAAACCCUCUUUGAAUUGCCGAUGAAUAAUUCCCUUUAUAUCUCCUAUCAAGAUGUCACUUUAAAGCUUACAUCUUUUCCCCAUCCGUCCGCUAAUAUAACUCCUGAGAUGUGA